AAAUUUUUUCACUUGUAGUUUUUUCACAAAGUGAAGGUGCUUUAUUUCUGUUCAAAUUUAUACUAAAAAAUAUAAGAAAUAGUGGUAAAGAAUAGUAUACAAUAUAAAUUUGUGAAAUAUAUAAAAAAAAAAACAACAGAAUUAUAGUUAUAAAAAAUAAAUCUAAGUGAUUUAGUGAGAAAUGUGCAUCAAAUGAAUUGAAGAAAAAAAAUACCUACAAAAAAAGAAAAAAAUUGAAAAUAGAAGAGAGAAAAAAAAAAUAAAAUUUCAAAGGUGUGUUUUGAAGUAGAAUUAUUCUACCGACAGCAAAAUACUAACAAAACAAACGUUUCAAAUUCAAAAUGAGUUUAUGGGCAAGAAUUAGUUCUGCUCAAGAACCGGAGGCGUAUAUGAAAACUCACUAUGACUUGAAGGGCAUGUAUGAAAUUCGUGUCUUUUUUGCUGCAUAUAUUGAAGAGCGAUUGAGUAGAGAUGAAAAAAUACCCAGGGAACAUACAGCCCUACAAUUUUAUAAAGAUUUAAAAGAUCACAUUAUAGACUCAGCACGUACUGUCCCCAUGGACUUUCAAUAUAGUGACAUCUUAAAUAAAAUGGCACAAAUCCCACCGUUAGAUUUUUAUUCACAUCUUCGUGAAGGCAUUGCCAAAGAAAUGGACUUAAUAACAAGUGCAAUUCCAAUUCCAACCCAUAGUUUUGCACCCAUGGGUGGUAUGGACCAACUUGAAGAGCUUUACAAUCGUAUACAAGAACUUGUCAAAACCAUUGAUAUGAUUAAGCCGAAUAUUCAAAAGACAUGCAGUGAAUUUGAUCAAAUUCGAACAUUUUGCAGUACAAUGAAUGCUCAACCACCAGAAAUGAAAAGUAGUUUAGAAGAACGCUAUACAGCUAUUUAUUAUCAGCGAAAUGUCUUGGUAAUGCAAUUGAAAAAUAUUGUAAGUGAAUAUGAAGUUUUGCAUAAGUCAGCGAUUGAUGUGGAAUUGAAAAAUUGGCAAAGACAACAGGCUUUGGCUGGGAAUGGUGCACCGCUGAAUGAUAAUCUAAAUCAAAUACAAAGUUGUAUUGAACUUUUGGUUGAGAUUAUUUGCAAAUUGGCUCAAUUGGUUGAUAUAAUGAGAAAGAGUACCACAGUUGAUGGUGGACUUGAUGAAUUGCAUCAGCGCAUUAGGAUGCAACAGGAAUAUUUGAUAUUGUCGGCAUUUAUUGUUGAGAAACAACCACCGCAAGUUAUGAAAACAAAUACAAGGUUUGCUGCUGCUGUAAGGUGGUUGGUGGGCCCACAACUUGGAAUCAAUAUGAACAGUCCUAAUAUUGAAUGCAUAAUUCUGUCAGAGGCACAAGCACAACGUCAUUGUACACAAAGGCAAAUGAGCGAAGCCACACCCCACUCAUCCGGAGAAAUCCUUAAUAAUGUUGGAACAAUGGAAUACCAACAACAGUCACGGAUAUUUUCUGCAAGUUUCAGAAAUAUGCAAUUGAAAAAAAUUAAACGAGCUGAGAAAAAAGGCACUGAAAGUGUUAUGGAUGAAAAGUUUGCCCUGCUUUUUUACACUUCAGUCAUUGUAAAUGACUAUCGUAUUCGAGUUUGGACAUUGUCACUACCCGUUGUUGUUAUUGUUCAUGGCAACCAAGAACCACAGUCAUGGGCCACUAUCACAUGGGAUAAUGCAUUCUCAGAAAUUGUUCGUGAACCUUUUCAAGUUCCCGACAGAGUUUCGUGGGCAAGACUGGCAGAUGCUUUAUAUACAAAAUAUCUAUCUGCGACUGGGAGGGGACCAACAGAGGAAAAUAAAAAUUUCCUAUACGAAAAAUUAUUCCGCAACGAAUACAUGAUGGACCAGAAAGAUAACAUCUCAUGGACACAAUUUUGUAAGGAACCCUUGCCAGAUCGUACAUUUACAUUUUGGGAUUGGUUCUUCUCAACCAUGAAACUAACCAAAGACCAAUUGGUGGGACCAUGGAAGGCUGAUUUAAUUGUAGGGUUCAUCAACAAGAGAACUACUGAAGAUAUUUUAAGACGAUGUGCUCCUGGAACUUUUCUAUUAAGAUUUUCAGAUAGUGAAUUGGGUGGUAUAACAGUAGCAUUUGUAAGAGAAGAUGGCAAUGUUUAUAUGCUUGCCCCAUGGACUGCAAAAGAUUUAAAUGUUCGUGGAUUAGCGGAUCGUAUACAAGACUUGGAAAUGCUUAAAUAUGUUUAUCCCAAUAAUAAGAAUAAGGAUGAAGCAUUUGGUGAAUUUUACUCCCGCACAGAAGAACAAGGAACUAAAGAUGGAUAUGUUCGAAAUGUUAUUAUUACAACAGUUCCCGAAAUGAGACAACCUGCGCCAAAUACAACACCCAAUCAUGCGCAUUCACCAAAUCCAAAUGAUAUACACAUGGUGACGGGUUUUAGGUAUAAUAGCAGGGAUUCUUCAUACUCUCCUGACAGCAAUUACAGUUGAGUGUAAAAUACGACGCUCAUGAGAGAGAUAACUUGUUAUUCCAACCAGAAAAUAAUAUGGACGACAUACUUAGUCAGUUCGCUCAAAAUAGCUAUGCUGAUGGGAUGUAAUAAAUAAUUUAAAAAUAAAA